AUGGCCAAAUCCAAAUCAUGCACCAAAAGCGAAAUCCCCGGCUUGAGAGCCGAUGCUCACGCAACAUCUUUCGAUCAUUUCACCUCUCUCGAGGAAUUCGGCAGCAAGUGGUAUGCUUCAGGCGUUGAGGCUGGUCUCACGCAGGCUGCACAGGACCUCGCCACCCGUAAGGAGAAGGAAGCUGAGGUUCUCAAAAAAGCUGCCAUGGCCGCACGAGAUGCUCUGACCUCCGCCGUUAAUGAUAUAAAUUCAAUCGGCACCGAAGGCCUAAGCCAGGAACCUAUGUGGGCAGUACGCCAGAAACUUCAAAAUAUCGUCAAGGAGAUUUCCCACCGCAGAGAUGAAUGCACUACCAGCAUUUACAGCGCUUCCCAAGAGUCCAAGAAGCGAUCCAGCGAGACCCAAGCAUCCGAUGGUGGCAACAGCAGCAAGCGCAGCAAGAACGACUAA